GGAGGGGAAGGGAGGGAAGCAAGGCCGUGCGUGAGCCGGGCUGGCAGGGAAGUACAGCACCCCGGGCCCCCUCCCAGCCCCGCUCCCCCAGCGCAUCCCUCCGGGCACAGCCGUGCACCCCCGCCCCCAGCCACAUCUCCCGGUGCGGGGACGCCUCCGAUGCGUCCGCCCGCCGCAGAUCUCCUCCCUCUGCUUCAGUCAGUUCAGCCGGAUUUUAUUUUUUUUUUUUAACCUCCGAGGUUUUUUUUUUUUCUUUUCGUUUGUUUGUUUUUAAUCUAUUUGGAAAUACAGGAGCAGAGGGCGGGCAACCACCCAGUGACUCUCCACAGCUCCCCCCAACCGCGGGGAGAGAGGCGCUGGCAGCCGCCACCGCCCCGCUCCCGUCACUCCUCAUCCCGGCAGGGAGCGGGGAAGCCGCGGCUGACGGAGGUUGUAGUGUGAAGAAAGAUACAUAUGGUGCUUGCAUACGCACUCUACGAACAAACAGGAUCACAUGGCAUCGUUCAGUGUGCACUAGCCCCAGCCUGCCUGCCCGGUGCUUGCAUUUCCUGAGGCGUGGGAGAUGGAUGCUCACCAGAACCCCAAGUGUUGUUGCCCAAGUGUUACUUUUUCUAAGCAUAGUUCUUGUCAUUGCUAUUGCAGUGAUUCAGAUAAAUCAGCAACAGAUCCUCUCCCCAGGGCUUAAGUAUGGAAUAGUCCUUGAUGCUGGAUCCUCUCGAACUACAGUUUAUGUCUAUGAAUGGCCAGCAGAAAAAGAAAAUGACACAGGAGUAGUAACCCAGACCUUCAAGUGCAAUGUGAAAGGCCCUGGUAUAUCCAGCUAUGAGAGUAGCCCUGGAGCUCUUGCCAAGCCCUUUGAUGACUGUCUGAAUAAAGUCAAAGAGAGAAUACCAGCUCAUCUGCAUAAAAACACUUCUGUUUAUCUGGGGGCUACAGCUGGCAUGAGGCUGCUGAGGUUGCAAAAUGAAUCGGCAGCCAAUGAAGUCCUUGCAAGCAUUCAAAACUACUUCAGAGCACAACCUUUUGAAUUUAGGGGUGCGCAAAUCAUAACUGGGCCAGAGGAAGGGGUGUAUGGAUGGAUAACGGCCAACUAUUUAAUGGGCAAUUUCUUAGAGAGAAAUCUUUGGAGAACAUGGAUCCAUCCUUACACAAAAGAAACUGUGGGUGCACUGGAUCUUGGAGGAGCUUCUACUCAAAUUUCAUUUAUCCCAGAGGACUCUCAGGAGCACUUCAAUAGCACUUUGCAAGUGAAGUUGUAUGGUUAUAACUACAAUGUCUACACUCACAGCUACCAAUGCUAUGGGAGAGAUGAAGCUGAGAAAAGGCUUUUAGCAUUGCUGCUCCAGAAAUCAAAUGCCAGUUCCAGUGUGGAUAAUCCAUGUUACCCUCAAAAUUAUAAUACAUCAUUAACGAUGAAGUACUUCUCUGGCAGCCUUUGUACACAAUCUCUGAGACCAGCAAAUUACUACCCAAACCAGCCUGUGAAUUUCCAUGGAACAGGAGACCCAGGUCUGUGCCGUGAGAUGGUUUCUUUAUUGUUUAACUCCACUGCUUGCAGAGACAGAGAAGACUGUCCUUUUAAUGGAAUGCAUCAGCCAAAAGCUAAAGGGAAUUUUGUGGCUUUCUCUGGAUUCUACUAUACAAUUAAUGCUUUGAAUUUAUCUGGGCACUUCUCCCUGGAUGACUUCAAUUCAAGUAUGUGGUUUUUCUGUUCACAGAGCUGGACACAGCUCCAGUUUAUGCUGCCUAAAUUUGAAGAAAUAUAUGCUAGAUCCUACUGUUUCUCAGCAAAUUUCAUUUAUUACUUGCUUGUACAUGCUUACAACUUUAAUGCAGAAACUUGGCCACAGAUACAUUUUCAAAAGCAGGUUGGUAACAGCAGCAUAGCAUGGUCACUUGGUUACAUGUUAAGCCUCACCAACAUGAUUCCAGCAGAAGGCAAGCUGAUCCAAUUACCCCUGAAGCCUCCUUUGUUUGCUGGGCUCCUCAUCUUCCUCACAGCUACAGCACUGCUGUGUCUCCUCUUCCUUGUUUACUUGUGUUUUGUAUCACAUAAUCGGAAGAACAUCCCUCGUGUUGAGCAUGUGUUUAUCCCAGAAUGAAUGAACUUUACUGAACGCAAAGCAAAAAUUUUAUAGUGCUAGUAAGUUAAGUAGGACUUCAUUUUGCCCUCCAUUUUUCAAAAAUAAAGAGAAGAAAAACGGCUUCAGGACCAGAAGCAUAAAUAGAGAAGAGACACAAAGGAAUCUGUGAUAUGGUGAACUGAAGUGCUUUUGAAGUAUUUUGGCAAUUGUUUCUGUAAACCUAAUUUGUCCGGUGUGCAGCAGAGAAAAAGUGGGCAGAUGUGUCACUUUGCUUUAUAAGGGAUUACUAGCCUUUUGCUGCCAGGUAUGUAUUAUUUUUUUGUUCAUUAACUCUGUGCUAACUGGUAAAGUCAAGUGGUGACGGAUUUUAUCACAGCGUCAGUUGUUUAAGAUAAAAUUAAGUCAGUAGAAAUUGUAGGAGGUGGUAACAUGGUAGCUGUUCUUUUGUGCAGUGCUGACACUAAAAGCCCUGAAGUAAUCUAAUUUCUGAAACUGGAACAAGCACUGGAUAAUGACAAGAAUUGAAAGGAACAACUGUGAUAGAAUUGUUUUUAUUGCUGUUCCAAAUAGAUUGAUCCCCACCACCAGAAUACCUCUGCUAUUGUACAUAAGAUUUGCUUUGAAGGCGGAACAAAAUGCUUUCGUGCUUUAGUAACUGAACCUAAAUUUAAAUGUCUCAUAGUUACUUCCAGAAGCCACUGGAGUUUUCAUUGUCCUUUUCUCUCUGACUUUCACAGAAAUACUUUUGGUAUGAUCUCAUACUGAAACAUUGACCUGUAUUCCUCACAUAUUGUCUGUCUCAGGCAGUCGCAGUCCAUACUGAUUUGUCAUGUACGUAUUAUUUCAACUGUCUGGAUAGAGUGUCAGAUCUGGAACCUUCCAAAGCAUUAACAUGUUAAGCCCUUCAUUCAAGGCCAAGACAAACAGGAGCCACUCUACAAGCCAGCAGAACACCUUUUCUGUAGUGGGUUUAGGAACACGUUUCUGAAGCUGCAGUCAUGGCUGUAGUGCCUUGGUCAGGCCGUCUACUGUCCUGGCCUCAGUGUUCCUCUAGCAGCAUUGGGAUCCACCUAGCAGAUGGUUCUGCCAAACAUAUUAACUUCAGAGCUUUUCUAGAAGUGCUGCUGCCUUCAUACAUCAAACAGCUGGCUUCCUGGAAAGCCCAGGCAUUCUUGACGACAAAAUCCACUAAAUCAAAAGACUACAAUUUUACUCACUGCUUGAUUAAUUCUUCAUGGUCUUUUACCUGCCUGUUGUUUGUAGAGCCUUGGUGGUCUUCAGCUGGUUUCUGAAGUAACCCUUGAGAAAGUCUCCUGUCACAUUCUCUGCCAUCUCUUCCUUUUGUACACUGUUUCUUUAAUUCCUUUUAAUAUUGCCAUAACAUGAUCUGUGAAGCUGCAAGGGGAACAGAACCAUAUAAUGGUUUGAGUUGGCACAUAAUGUGUUUUCUAUCUCAGUUUCAUCUAUUCUCAAUAUUGAUUGUGAGAUAGGAGAACAGUGGCCAGUAUUUUUACCCAUGAAUAAUGUUUUCAGUUUCCAUCUUCUGUUUCUGUAUCACCUUCUUACUUACGUUUGAUUGUGGGGUUGGGAUUUUGUUUUCUUUCGGGGUUUUUUCAUAACCUGACAGAUGAUUUGAAGGGAACUAAAUAUCUUUUAAAUGGAAAAAAGAAGAAAGUGAUUUUUCAAGUGGAUCAUUAGUGAAGGCUUUGUCCCUUCUCUGUUGGUGUACUGCUAAGUCCUGUCAGUCCAGUUACUGGAGUAACAGUAUUUAAAAUAAGGCAGAAGGUAUUAUAAGAUGAUAAAGUGCUCUGUGGCAUCAGAGUUACAUCUUAUAAAGUAUAAAAUUUACUUCGCAAUGCAAGGACAUUAAAGAGGCUGGCAUGAGAUAAAGGCUUUAUCUUCUGUAUUAUGGAUUUGUAACUGCAGCUAGAGGGUAAAAAUAAAAAACAGACAGUUGGAUGAGAGCAUUAAAAUGUUUUCUGCAGUUGCCAAAUUUUUGCUAAAAAACGGUAUUCUGGAAUAUUUACUUGCUCUACAAAACUUUUGCUUUGUGAAUGGCAAGGACAUUCAGAUGUGGUUUUACAUAAGUGGAACACUUGGAAGUUAGUCUGUUUAGAACUGGCAGCUAAAGAACAAAUAAAUUUGGUCAAAAAUCAUUUGGACUUCUAGAUAUACUGGGAUAGACCCAGUAUCUGUUCAAAGAAUGCCUUCCCUCUAUGAAUCUCCUGUUUUGCUUUUAUAGUAGUUCCCUCUUCUCCUUAUGUGUAUGGUCUCCCUCAUGUGUCACCAGGAUACCCACCUUAUCCAUCUUUCCCAGCUGAAAAUGAUAGGACAGGUAAGCUGAAACUGUUGAACUUCAGCCAGGUAGGCCUCAGUGACCACAGCUAACUUUUGCCACACGGGUGAGUUGGAACCCGAUCAGCAGGUGUAAUAUUGUCCUGCCAUUGAGAACUGACCAGGUCUCUGGGAGAGACAGAGAAGUUAACAGUACUUGGGAAUGUGUACAGACCAUAGAUUAUUUAUCUUUUUAUACUCUUUAGUGCCUGCUUAUGAAGAUUAAUAAAAAUAAAUUAUGAAAAGUUAA